CGCGCGUCUCUUCCGGUUGCAGCGGAACGAGCUGCCUUCCUUUCCCCGGUGCCGUCAGCGGACCCCAACGUGUCCGACAAGAUGGCACAGUACAACUUUAAGAAGAUUAUGGUGGUUCCCACCGCAAAGGACUUCAUCGACAUCACUUUAUCCAAAACCCAAAGGAAGACCCCCACGGUGGUGCACAAGCACUACCAGAUCCACCGCAUCCGUCACUUCUACAUGCGGAAAGUAAAGUUCACCCAGCAGAGCUACCACGACCGCCUCACGCAGAUCCUCACCGACUUCCCCAAGCUCGACGACAUCCACCCGUUCUACGCCGAUCUCAUGAACGUGCUGUAUGACAAAGAUCAUUACAAGCUGGCGUUGGGACAGAUAAACAUCGCCAAGAAUCUGAUCGAUAGCGUGGCCAAAGACUACGUGCGCCUGAUGAAGUACGGAGAUUCUCUGUACCGGUGCAAGCAGCUGAAGAGGGCCGCUCUGGGCCGCAUGUGCACCAUCCUGAAGAGACAGAAGUCCAGCCUGGAGUAUCUGGAACAAGUGCGUCAGCAUCUGUCCCGUCUGCCGAGCAUCGACCCAAACACCAGGACGCUGCUUCUGUGCGGCUACCCCAACGUCGGCAAGUCCAGCUUCAUCAACAAGGUGACCCGAGCGGACGUGGACGUGCAGCCGUACGCGUUCACCACCAAGUCUCUGUUCGUGGGUCACAUGGACUACAGAUACCUCCGCUGGCAGGUGGUGGACACCCCCGGCAUCCUGGACCACCCUCUGGAGGACAGGAACACCAUCGAGAUGCAGGCCAUCACGGCUCUGGCCCACCUGCGCUCCGCGGUCCUCUACGUCAUGGACGUGUCGGAGCAGUGUGGACACAACCUGCAGCAGCAGCUGGAGCUCUUCAACAGCAUCCGCCCGCUGUUCGCCAACAAGCCGCUCAUCAUCGUGGCCAACAAAUGUGACGUGAAGAAGAUCAGCGAGCUGCCGGAGGAGAACCAGAAAAUCUUUGCCGACCUCACGGCCGAAGGAAUCUCUGUCAUUGAGACCAGCACCCUGACCGAGGAGGGAGUCAUGCAGGUUAAAACAGAGGCCUGCGACCGGCUCCUCGCCCACCGGGUCGACGCCAAGAUGAAGGGCAAGAAGGUCCACGACGUCCUCAACCGGCUCCACCUGGCCAUGCCCGCCAAGAGGGACGAGAAGCCGAGGCCUCCGUUCAUCCCAGAAGGAGCUUUGACCCGUAAGAAGGCCAUGGAGGUGGACGCCCCCAAACGCAAGCUGGAGAGGGAUCUGGAGAUGGAGCUCGGCGACGACUACGUCCUGGACCUGCAGAAAUACUGGGACCUGAUGAACGAGGAGGAGAAGAACGACAAGAUCCCCGAGGUGUGGGAGGGCCACAACAUCGCCGACUACAUCGACCCCGAAAUCAUGCAGAAACUGGAGUUGCUGGAGAAGGAGGAGGAGCUCAAGGAGCGAGCCGGGGAGUACGACUCUGACGAGGAGAGCGAGGACGAGGAGAUGCAGGAGAUCCGCGUCCUGGCCAAGCAGAUCCGCGCCAAGAAGCAGCUCAUGGUCGCCACGUCCAGGGAGAAGGACGUGCACGGGCCCCGCAUGCCCAGGACCGCCACCAAGGUUGAAAGAAAGAAGCUGGAGAAGGAGAUGGGCAGCCUCGGUCUGGACAUGGAUAACAAAGACGAUAGCCACUACGCUCAGCUGGCCCGACGCUCCCGAAGCGUCACCAAGAAACGGAAGCGCGAAGCCUCGGCGCCGCCCACCUCCAGAACCCGCAGCCAGAGCGCCUCGCGUCCACCCAGAGACCAGUCGGGCUUAAGAGAUCCAAAGAUGAUGAAGAAGGCAAAGAAGAUGAUGAAGAACUCCCAGAGAGACAUGAACCGCCAAGGCAAGAAGGGCGAGGCGGACCGACACGUGUUCGACCUGAAACCCAAACACCUGCUGGCCGGGAAGAGGACGUCCGGGACUCACGAUUACAGAUAGACGAGGACUGUUUUUCUAUAUCUUCCCCUGCAGUAAAAUUUCCUUUUUUAAGCUACAAAACAGUUUCAUUAUAUCUGUGACGUGGAAGCUUCGUCCUUCAGGAUGGUGGAAAAAUGACAAGAUGACCUGAUGCUGCUGGGGAAAUACCACCCAACCCAUUUAAAUGAUUACUAAUUAUAACUCUUUUUAUUUGUCUUAAAAACAACUUGGGAGACUUUGGAAAAAGUGGAACUAUACAUUUUACCAAGUGUCUUUCCUUGGCAAUAGUUAAGUGGACUUUGAACUUGUAUGUGGAUCAGAUACUGCCGAGUUAACUUUGGAUAAAGUGACGAUGAUGAUGAUGAUGAUGAUGAUACUCUGUGUGCAAGUCUCUCUUUUGAAGUAUUCAUCAUCAAAGGGGCUUAAUAAAUACACACCUGAUGUAAA